AUGUCGACUCAAGGAAAGGCAGCCGUGGCGUGGGAAGCCGGAAAAGAUUUGAGCAUCGAGACUGUCGAAGUCGCUCCUCCAAGAGCCCACGAAGUCCGAAUUGAGGUCCACUACACGGGUGUCUGCCACACAGAUGCGUACACGCUUUCCGGAAAGGAUCCCGAGGGAGCCUUUCCUAUCGUCCUGGGUCACGAGGGAGCUGGUAUCGUAGAGUCUGUUGGAGAGGGCGUCACAUCCGUCAAAGUAGGAGAUUACGUUGUUGCACUCUACACACCCGAAUGCAAAGAAUGCAAGUUCUGCAAGUCCGGCAAGACCAACCUCUGCGGCAAGAUCAGAGCUACCCAAGGCAAGGGCGUGAUGCCUGACGGCACCUCCAGAUUCAAGUGCAAGGGCAAAGAUCUGCUGCACUUCAUGGGCACAUCUACAUUCUCGCAGUUUACCGUCGUAGCCGACAUCUCGGUCGUAGCUAUCACCAAGGACGCUCCUAUGGACCGAACGUGCCUGCUAGGCUGCGGAAUCACCACGGGCUACGGCGCCGCCGUCGAGACGGCCAAGGUCGAGGAGGGCUCCACGGUUGCCGUCUUCGGCGCCGGCUGUGUCGGUCUGUCAGUUGUGCAGGGCGCGCUGAUGAGGAAGGCGGGCAAGAUCAUCGUUGUGGAUUUGAACCCCAGCAAGAAGGCAUGGGCUGAGAAGUUCGGCGCGACGGAUUUCGUCAACCCGGCUGAGUUGAAGGGCCAGAAUAUCCAGGAGAAGCUGAUUGAGAUGACUGAUGGAGGGUGCGAUUACACUUUUGACUGCACUGGAAAUGUGGGCGUGAUGCGAGCGGCGCUGGAGGCUUGCCAUAAGGGAUGGGGUCAGAGUAUUGUUAUUGGUGUUGCGGCUGCUGGACAAGAGAUCUCUACACGACCUUUCCAACUCGUUACUGGUCGCGUGUGGAAGGGAUGUGCGUUUGGUGGUAUCAAGGGCCGCUCACAGCUUCCUGACCUGGUCGAUGAUUACAUGAAGGGCAAGCUCAAGGUUGAUGAGUUCAUCACUCACAGACAGGAUCUCGACCACAUCAACGUCGCUUUCAAUGACAUGAAGGCCGGAGACUGUAUCCGUUGUGUGGUUGAUAUGAGGAAGUAG